CCACCAUCCUGAGGCCUCCUGCUCUUCCCCGCCCACCUUUACCUCCCGUGGGCUCUACCCCCUUCCAAUCGGCCUCGUUUCUCCUCCCCCGUUUACGUCUGGGCAUGUGCCCCUCGCGGCGCUGGCCACGCAGGGCCCUGCAUUUAACCUCUGGCCGCCCGGUGCGAAGUUAGAGGCUGGGCUGGCGCGGACAGCGCGCACACCUGGGGCGGGAGCAGAGGCGGGAGCCCGGGCCUGCCCGUAACCUCCGCUGGGCGCACGAUGACCUGCUACCGAGGCUUCCUGCUGGGCAGCUGUCGUCGCGUAGCGGGCGGCCGGGCGGCGGCGCUGAGGGGCCCGGGCGCGGGAGGCCCCGCCGCGAGAUCGCGGCUCGGAGGUGACGGGGACGGCUGGCGGCACCUGGGGCAGGGGCAGCCACGCGAGCUGGCGGGCUGUGGCAGUCGUCCCGAUGGCGGCUUCCGCCCGUCCCGGGUGGUGGUGGUGGCCAAAACGACCCGGUACGAGUUCGAGCAGCAGCGCUACCGUUACGCGGAGCUCUCGGAGGAGGACCUGAAGCAGCUGCUUGCAUUGAAAGGCUCUAGCUACAGUGGACUGCUUGAACGACAUCAUAUUCACACCAAAAAUGUUGAGCAUAUUCUAGAUAGUUUACGGAAGGAGGGGAUUGAGGUCCGGCUAGUGAAGAGGAGAGAAUAUGACGAAGAAACGGUUCGAUGGGCAGAUGCUGUCAUAGCCGCAGGAGGUGAUGGCACCAUGCUCCUGGCAGCAAGCAAAGUGUUGGACAGACUUAAGCCAGUUAUUGGAGUGAACACUGACCCAGAACGGUCUGAGGGUCAUUUAUGUCUUCCUGUUCGAUACACACAUUCCUUCCCAGAAGCCUUACAGAAGUUCUAUCGCGGUGAGUUCAGGUGGCUGUGGAGGCAGCGAAUCAGGUUAUACCUCGAAGGGACUGGCAUAAACCCCAUUCCUGUGGACCUCCACGAACAGCAGCUAAGUUUGAAUCAACAUAGCAGAGCCUUCAAUAUCGAAAGAGUUCAUGAUGAAAGGCCCGAGGUGUCAGGACCCCAGCUUUUGCCAGUGAGAGCACUGAACGAGGUCUUCAUUGGGGAGAGUCUGUCGUCCAGAAUGUCUUAUUCUUGGGCUGUGGCAGUGGACAAUUUAAGAAGAAGUAUACCCACUCUAAAGGGACUGGCUUCCUACUAUGAGAUUUCAGUGGAUGAUGGUCCAUGGGAAAAACAGAAGAGUUCAGGGCUCAAUUUGUGUACUGGAACAGGAUCAAAGGCCUGUAUGUUUUUAGAAUUAAAACAAGAAAGAAUUUAUGUGGUGUUUGUUUCUAGGUCAUUCAAUAUUAACAGGGUUGCAACUCAGGCUGUGGAAGAUGUUUUAAAUAUUGCAAAACGACAAGGAAAUGUAAGUCUCCCACUGAACAGGGAACUGGUAGAGAAAGUAACAAAUGAAUACAACGAAUCGCUGCUCUACAGUCCAGAGGAACCAAAGAUACUCUUCAGUAUCCGAGAACCCAUAGCGAACAGAGUCUUCUCCAGCAGCCGGCAGCGGUGUUUCACCUCCAAGGUUUGCGUCCGUUCGCGUUGUUGGGAUGCCUGUAUGGUUGUGGACGGAGGAACUUCUUUUGAGUUUAACGAUGGAGCAAUUGCUUCGAUGAUGAUCAAUAAAGAAGAUGAGCUUCGAACUGUCCUUCUAGAACAGUGAAGGGUACCCUCCGAUGACAAAUUUGAUUACCCGAAAAAUACUUUAACUGCAGAAACAGGCGACCGGUCAUAAAGCUGCCUUUUUUGGUUAUUGUCGAGACCGGUUGGCCCUGGGCUCGAAGGUGACUAAGAAACUGAGAUUUGUAUUCCCCUCUUGGAUUCUGAUGGAGAAGAUGUUCACUGGGCAAGAAAAUGGAUGGACUACGCGUCUGGGAUUGAUACUAGUGAAAUUUCUAUCUUUCUUGUUGUUGGUAUCCAAGAGUGCUGAUGCCUUUUUAGAUUUAGAGAGAUAAGUGCAAAUAAAGGAUUAAAUGUUUAGGAUUUGUAAUUUAACUGUACAACUUCUCCUUCCCUUUCCUCCUAACUUUGCGGAAUUGGUCAGAACACACACAGCUCAUUUGACUAGUGUAUAUUUUUUAUAGCACCUACAAAUCAAGAUUUAAAAAAAUAUGAUGGAGAAUUUUGAUAAACCCUGACAUUGACCUAAUUGAAGUAGGUGAAUGUGUUUUUAUAUGUGCUGUGAAUUUUCUAAUUUGAGAACGCACUGAUACCGGUAUGGCUAUGGGUGUAAGAAGUUCAAGCAAUCACUUUUGAAAUGUAUAGUUUUACUUGACUCACAGGUUAAUUUUGACAGUGCUGAGUUAAUUGAAGUACAUAUAAUGGGACAAAAUCGGGAUGCUUUUACAGAUGUAUUACUAUCCAUUAGCUGUUUAGUGAUAGACAGUUUUUACUUAAAACUCUAACAUGGAUUCAAAGACUAAAAGGAUGGACUGACAAGACAUACUCCACUAGGAGUUUGGUCAAACCUUUAAAAAGUAUUUUCGUCUACUUUCAAUAUCAUGGUAGUCUUCAACUCGCCCGUAUUCCAAAUUUCACACAUUAGCUUUGGGGGGUAAACGUUACAGCUUUUCUCUGCCUGCCCAUGAGAGUUUCUUUAUUUUUGGAGGACAUUAUUUUUGUCUAGUUCUUGAUCUACUUAUAUGGAAUCCUAGAAUUUUCACAAAAGGCACCUGUUGCUGCCUCAUGAGACCGUCGGUAGCCUCGUGCCAUUUAUUCCAAGUUGUCGUUUUUUCAUUUGCUAUUAAAGACUUGUAUUCAAUCAUUGAAAUAUUUAUUAAACAUCCACUCUGUGCCAUGCACUGUACUGAUUGCCGGAUAUACCCUGACGAAGAAAACAGACGCUGUCCUGAUGGAACCUGAGCCGAGCAAGCUCAGAAGUGCGUUCUGUGAAAGCUGGGAUGCACAGUGAGAUCCAGUGCUCCUGGUGUUGUCAACGUGCACUGUGUUCUCGUCAGACUUUCUGUAAAACCUUACCACACAGAAGUAAUCUAGGGUUUCUUGUAUCUCCAGAACCAGAAUCUGUUUUUCUUUAGUUGGGCGUGUCUGCAGAGACACUCACUAGCAAAGAGUUCGCAUGAUGCGCACAGUAAAAACUAGCAUUCCCCCAGCGCUGGUUCUAGUUUCUGGUUUGGUUUAAACAUAAUAUACUUAAGGUCUACGCUACGAAGUAAAAUUCCACACUAUAGAACUCCCCUAGUAGGCUUAAGAUGCCUUCUUGACAAAAAUGCCAACUUCAUCUUCAGUAUCAAGGAAAUCAGACUGUCCGUAUGGUAUUAUAGAUCUGUUCAUAUGUAACAUAUUAACAGGUAACUUCUGUGUAAAAUUGUUCAUAAGCCAUAUUUUAAAGGUUUAAAAAUGCCUAAUGUGUUCCAUUUGCAGUAUAACUUCUAAUCUUUCUGCUAUGUGGUGAGGAUUUAUUUGUAAGAGAUGCUGAGAGGCAAAGGAUGUUGGAAUAGCAAAAAUGUUUUUAUGAAGCAACCUUUAAUGGCAAUGAGAUGUGAAUAAAAUUAAACUGUUACUAUC